AAUGUUUCAUCGAAUUCAUCGACGAUGAAAGGUUUUCGUUGAGUUUUUCCAUGGCAGUUUGACAGAAGUCGUUUAUCACGGUUAUAAGAAAAAUGAGCAGCGACGAAGAAAAUUCCCCAAAUUCCAAAGCGGGUAAAACCGACGAAUACGAUGAUCUCAUGAGUAUGGAGAAUUUGGAUCGCAAUUCACCGGAAUUGUGGCCUGAAAAAAUUCCAGGUGUAACGGACUUUAUUUCGUCAAAAAAUAGCCGAGAUUCCGUUUCUCCAACACCUCCGCGCGGGCUAACGUCCGAAGAUAUUGCCGCCAUGCACAAACUUGGGGAACUGACCCCAACGGCUUUGGCGAUGGAUCUCAAGAGAAUUUACGAUCAGGCGUACCAGUUGGGUGUGCAGGAGGCCAAGGAGAUGACUCGAGGGAAGUAUUUGAACAUCUUUGGGCAUGAAGCUAAAGCGGCCACUGCAACGGCACAGAGGAAGAGCUCAACAUCCUCAGAAUGAGUUCAACAUCAACCUCCAUUGAUCAUUCAACAACCACUCUUCCAGGGAUUGAAGCGUUUUUUUUUAAUUUGAAUAAAAAAGUAAAAUUUAUCGUAUUUUAAAACAUUUUAUAUACACAUAAAUCGUACAAUAAAUCGUAGAAAUUUCAUGAUUGCUCACAGAAAAUUAUUUUUUUGCUCUGAAAGUUUCUCUCAUUUUGGCUGUUAUUGCGCGCGAUUUAUUAGGAAGGAAGAAAAAAGCUUAAUUCGGAGCAAAUUGAGAUGAAAAAAGACUUUUUUUUAAAAAAGAAAAA